UGAACUACUAACUCAUCUUUUAUGCUCUAAUAACCACUUACCUCUUCCCCAUUCUUUUGUCCCCACCUAUCUGCUCCUUCCAAUCCCCCUACUAUGCUCUCUGAAACUAAUAGGCUGUCAUUUGCCAAAUUCUCUGUCCUCGGCUUUUUUUCUUGCUGAGACAUGGUUUCUUGUGAGGACUCUGCUUUUCCUACCACUUUGUAGUGGUGGUGUUUCUCGUGCCCAUUGUACCACGGAGGUGGUAUAGUUGUCCUCAUUUUUACUCACAAUAUUUCCAGGUGAUUCUCCCUCAUCCCUAAUUUAUCUCAUCUUUGGAACUCUACCUCACUGACACCACUCUUGUCAUAAAUCUUCUUUGGGUUUGUUUUGUUUGAGACAAGGUCUUAUUCUAUUGCCUUGGCUAGAGUUCAGUGGCAUUAUCAUAGCUGUCUCUGCAAUCUCCAACUCCCUGGCUCAAGCGAUCCUCUCACCUCAGCCUCCCAAUAAAUGAGACUGUAACCAUGUAACUCCAGGCCUGGCUAAAUUUUGUUCUUUGAUUUUGUAGAGAUGAGGUCUUGCUAUUACCCAAACAAUCUUUCCACCUCAGCCUCACUGGGAUUACAGUGUGAGCCAUUGCAUCCAGCUUCCAUAAUCUCUUAACUUCUCACAGUUCAGUCCUUCAGUUGUUCUGUUUAAACAUUCAUUUGCAGUGACUUCAUCCACUGUUACACAUUAAAACCAUUUUGUGCUGGACACGGUGGCUCAUGCAUAUAAUCCUAGCACUCUGGGAGGCUAAGGCAGGAGCCUUGUUUGAGCUCAGGAGUUUGAGACCAGCUUGAGCAAGAGUGGGAACCUGUUUCCACAGUAAUAGAAAAAUUAGCCACAAAAAAUCAAAAAAAUAAAAAGAAUAGGGCGGCGCCUAUGGCUCAAGGAGUAGGGCGCCGGUCCUAUAUGCCAGAGGUGGCGGGUUCAAACCUAGCCCCGGCCAAAAAAAAUAAAUAAAUAAAGAAGAAAGAAAAAUUAGCCAUGUAACUGUAGUCCCAGCUUCUUGGGAGGCUGAGGCAGGAGAAUUGCUUGAGCCCAGGAGUUUGAGGUUUUGAGGUUGCUAUGAGCUAUAAUGAUGCCAUCAUCAGAGUGGAACUGUCUCCCCCUGAAAAAGACAUUUCGAUAUUUGAUAUUGGUGACUCCUACUUUUAUAUUUCCAACUUAGACUUCUGCCCGUUAGCAUCUCCACUUAGAUGCUUAAUAGGGAUCUCAAAUUUAACAUACUCAAAAUUGAACUUAAGCUUUCCCCAACUUAAGUCUUUUUCCUGUUAAUGACAAGUCCAUCCUUUUUCAUACCAAAGCACCUUGAUAAUAUCUUUGACACUUUUCUUUCAUCUCUUUCAAUUCAUCAGAUCCCUUUGGCUUUACCUUUAAAAUAUUCCAGAAUCUCAUUUCUCCUCACUUACUUUGCUGCCACCUUAUACCAAGUCAGAUGUAUAAAUCUGCAGUAUCUUUUUUUUUUAUUAAUGUUAUUUUUUUAUUGAGACAGAGUCUUAAUUUGUCACUCUUGGUAGAAUGCUGUGGUGUCAUAUCUCACAAAAACCUCAAACUUUUGGGCUCAAGCGAUUCUCUUGCCUCAGCCUCUCUAGUAGCUGGGGCUACAGGUGCCAGCCACAGCUCCUGGCUAUUUUUUUGUUGCUUAUCAGGCCCGGGCCAGGUUCAAACCCACAAGCCCUGAAGCAUGUGGCUGGCCAGCACCACACCUAGAAGGACAGUCAUGGUUGCCACUCAGAUUCAUGUUUGGCAGCCACACCCUGUGGUCCUGGAAGGGCAGAAUAAAGAGGUCACAAAGUAUUUACUGGCUGAUUUGAUCCUUCUAUGUGAUUUUUAAAAUGAUUUGCCUGGUCUGAACAAUUAGAACUUCCAGGGUUAGACUUUCCAGGGUCAGCAGACUUGAGAGAGGAGCACGAAAAGGAAAAGGGUAGGCAUUACCUGAAGUAGGGUAAAGGUCUCUGCAAAGCCCACUGUGUGCAUAGCCACAGCUAUGAUGUUAGCAAAGGCCAAAAUGAACCCUGUGGAAAUACCAAGCUCUGGACCCAGGCUACGUGAGAUAAGGAAAUUUUUGCCACCUGAGAGGAAAAAAAAAAGAGGAACUGAUGUGUGGUCCCAGCAAUUCCUGACAGGACUGGGGACCCUUAAGGAUCAUAAGGUUACCACAGACUAACCAGCCAUUAGUGGAGAUGGCUGAGAUAGAUAAACGAGUGCUAGUAGUGACUGAGGCUGAGAGCAGGAUAAUGAGCCAUGUGAGCCCUGGGAUGGGAAGGAAGUGCAUUCAUUCAUGCUGCACCCUAGCAUGAGAAUGGUGGGUCUGGCCUAGCUCACUCCACCCAAUCCCCUCAUCCUCCUUGGUUUCUGAAUUUGCCUAGCUCAGCACCCAGGGGUGACCUGCAGGUGGAAGGGUGGGCUGUUAAUCCAGGACGGGGCUCAGAGGAUUGGGUGUUGGAAUCCUGGCACCACAAGCCAGCACCUAGCCAGCACUGGCUAUAAUUAGCCUACUAGGAUGAGGAGCAAGUUCCCUCUGCCACUCCGCCCCAAGCAGAGGGAGCCUCAAGUGAGAGGGCCCACAGAAUACUGGUGUCUCCUGAGGCUAUCCAGCAAACCCGGGCUAUGAGCGUCUCGGACACUGCACAGUUUUCCUCCGGCCUGGAGAGUGUCUCUCUUCAGGUCCAGAAGGACUGCCUUGGACUCCCUUUGCCCGCUCCGAGAACCCCCUGCUGGCCUCCCUCCCCCGAUGAGGAUCCCGGUUUGCCCUCCUUUCCUCUCGAAGAGCCUGGCCCCAGGCCCUUGAUGCCAGGGAACCUUCCAUCUCCAGCCUCGUCCUUAGAGGAAGAAGAGGAUGAGGACGAUGAAGACGCGGUGGAGGCACUGCGCAGUGAGGAGCAUACGAGCCAGUUUUUCGCCGAGGCACAGCGGCUGCGGGAGCAGAAGUUGCUGCUAGACGAAGAGGUGUCAGUCGCCGGGCAGGUAUAUGGGGUGCAUCGCGUGAUCCUGGCGGCGGUCAGCAGCCUCUUCCGGGAAAGGCUGCUGGGCCGCGGAGGGUCGCGGAUCCCUUUCAGCCUCGAUGUGGCCCCGCGGGGCUGGGAGGCCAUGCUGACCUUUGCCUACGAGGGGGUGCUGGGCCCCGCCCCGCUGGGCGAUGUGCUGGCUGCAUCCGAGGUACUAGGAGCGCCCCGGAUGAAAGCCGCUGCCCUGCGGAGACGCGCGGAAGCUGAAAACGCUGGGGAAGAUGAAAAGAAGCCCAGCCAGGCAGAGGAGCUGCGGGAGAACCUGCGGGGCAUUGAGUUCUUGUACCGGGAAGGCGUCGGCUGUGAUCUGAAGCUGGAAGCAGGCAGCUGCCAGUUGCGGGGUGAGGGCCUGUGGGACGCAGUGCAUCGAGCAGCCCUGGCCUGUGGCAGUGAGUUCUUUGGGGCCAUGCUUCUAAGUGGGAUGAGAGAAUCCCAGGGCACAGAGGUGUCUCUGCAUACCAUGUCUACCCAGGACCUGCGACUCCUCGUCUCUUUUGCCUACUCUGGGGUUGUGCGGGCAAGGUGGCCAGGACUACUGAGAGCUGCCCAGGCUGCCCUGCAGUACCAGAGCUCUUCCUGCCUGGAUUUGUGUCAGAAAGCCUUGGCAAGGGGCCUCAAUCCUGCCCGUUGCCUGGCCCUAUUUCCCAUGGCUGAAGUCCCAGGGUUGGAGCGGCUCUGGAACAAAGCACGUCACUAUCUCCUUACCCACCUGCCCGCUGUGGCUUUGUGCCCCACUUUCCCUUUUUUACCAGUUGCCUGCCUGGCUGAAUUGCUGGAUAGUGAUGAGCUCUACGUGCAGGAGGAGUUUGAGGCCUUUGUGGCUGCACGGAGUUGGCUAGAUGCUAACCCUGAGACCCAGGAGUCAGAUGCCAAGGCCCUGCUGCAAUGUGUCCGCUUUGGCCGAAUGUCCACCAGGGAGCUGCGGAGGGUGCGGGCAGCUGGGCUUCCCCCAUCUCUGUCUCCAGACCUGCUGCACCAGCUGAUGGUAAAGGCUGAUGUUCCAGGCCCAGAGAGGCGGAGGGAGCCUGACCAGGCACUGGUGGUGAUUGGUGGGGAUGGGAUAAGAUCAGACAUGGCCCUGAGACAACCAUCCCGAGGAGUGUGGUGGGCUCGGGCCUUCCGCUGUGGCAUGGGACUGGUACGAACUGUGGAAUGGGGGCGGUUGCCUGCCCUGCCUGCCCCAGGGCGCUUCCGGCAUGGGGCUGCAAGUGUGGCAGGAAGUGAACUCUAUGUGUGUGGGGGACAGGAUUUCUACAGCAACUCUAACACCCUGGCCUCAACUCUCAGGUGGGAUCCAAGUCAAGAGGACUGGGAAGAGAUGGCACCUUUGCACCAGGCUCGGAGCUUGUUCCCCCUGGUAGUGCUAGAUGGACAACUUUAUGCCCUGGGUGGAAGAGACAAUGGUGUUGCCCUCAACUCUGUGGAGACCUAUAACCCUGAGCUCAAUGUCUGGAGGCCAGCACCUGCACUUCCAGCACCGUGCUUUGCCCACGCAGCUGCCGUUUUGGAGGGCCGGUUGUAUAUGAGUGGAGGCUGUAGUGGAACUGGCCAAUACCUGGCCUCAUUGCUACACUAUGACCCUAAACUUGAGAAGCCAGGGACACUUCUGAGCCCUAUGGGGGUCCCUCGGGCUGCCCAUGUCAUGGCUGCUCUGGGUGGGCAAUUGUAUGUGGCAGGUGGGCUAGGUGAGACUGGGGACCUGCUGAGCUUUGAGACCUAUGAACCAAAGACUGAUAGCUGGACUCAGCUGGCACCCCUGCCCUCCCCUCAUGUGGGAGCUGCAGGUGCUGUGCUGCAGGGGGAGUUCCUGGUGCUGGGGGGUUACAGUCACCAGACUUAUGCCCUCUCCCACCUUGUCCAUGCCUAUUGUCCUGGCCUGGGCCGAUGGCUUUGUCUGGGGACUCUGCCAAGGCCUCGGGCUGAGAUGCCUGCCUGCCUGCUGACACUUCCCACUGUGCAAUGUGUAGCUUUGGGUACCACCCUGCACCAAACCAAACCUGCUAGGUGAAGGAGGAGCAGCAAUGUAUGGUGAGGAGGAAGGGAUAAGAAAUAUAAAAGAGAGAAGAGAGAUUAUAAGAGGAGGGAGAAAAGGCUUCAUUCUUGAUAGUAUUUUAUUCUCUAACAGUGCUUUACAGCUUAUAACUGCUUUUGUAUAUAUGAUCUCCAUUGAGGAAAUGGUGGUUCCAGAACUCUUGGGGAAAGGGAGGCACUGGAUACCUGGGUAAGGAGAGGACACCCAGGAGCAACUCCACAGCUUGAGGACUGUUGACAGGGAAAGCUCAUCUGGUUUAGAAGAAUCAUGAAACUCCACAAGCCAAAGCAUAGAGGCCAUGAGAGGACAAUUGGAAAAGUGAUUCUGACCCAUGGAUCAAAGAAAAAAUGUGGAAAUACCAUCCAUGAAAGAGUCUGAGGAGUAUGGGAGGAAGGACUGUAACUUGCUCAGCCCUUCUCCUUCCCAGUACCUGCUCCUUUCUACUCCCCAAAUCCUGGGAUAUCUAAAUCCUUUCAACAAUAUUCUCUCUCAGGUAACUUUGUAGGCCCCGCCUAGCAUUUCCCCAGCCCAAACACCUCAGGCUGCCCCUGAGAAAGUCUUGGUUUCCACCCAGUUGUGGACAACAUGGGGGUCCUGAGGGCCUGCUAGGGCAAUGAGGCAGCAGUGAUGUGUGGGGGAAGGUGAGGAGAGCAGAGGCCAACGAGGGAGGGGCCCACAGUGGACAAAAGAUGAAACGAAGUUUGAGGGGAUGGAGCAGAAGUCAGAAAGCUAUCUGGCUUCUUUCCUUCCCUUUGGGCAAACUGAGUGAUCAGGAAUGAAAACGGGAUGGUUGUGGCUUGAGGCCCCAAGUCAUGAGAGGAAGUGACAGAGAGGCAGAGAAGACCCAGACAAGUCAUUUCUCCCUUUCAGUCCAUUUCCCUCAGAGUUUUUUAAAAAUAAAUUUUACUUUUUCUUGGCCAGGGAAGAUUGUCAGAUGCUUCCUCUUUCUGCCUUCCUCCAUUUUGUUUCCCCAUCCCCGUUCUUUUCUUUCUCUUCUCCUUUCUCCUUCGUACAGUUAUUAAUUACCUACCAUGUGCCAGGCACUCAGGUGGUAGCAAGCAUGCAAAGGUCCUGAUGAGCAGACAGACUGGGAAACAAAUUCAAGUUUUACAGUGGACUUGUAGGUAUGGACAAAGUCGUCUUGAGAGCCCAGAGGAUGGAAUAGUGAACUCUGCCCUGGAAGACUUAUGUUAAGAAAGGUGUGCUUGGAACUGGAUCUUGAAGGCUGCCCAGAAAGUCACCAGUUAGAUAGAGCAGGGGGGAUGCAUUUCAGACAGAAAGAAAGACACGAGUGGAACAUGCUGUGCCCUGUUUCUCAGUAGGAAAGAAGUCAGUAUCAGAGGUUCUACAGAGAAUUCUGCUGCUCUUGCCACCUACCCUCUUCUCUCGAGCCUUUCUGAAGAUGAUGGCUUUCAUUUAACAAUUGUAUAUUCCCUCCAUAGCGCCCCUAAAUCUUUUCUGUCUGGUAUUUCCAUUUCUGCCCCCUCAGCAGCUCAGGGAAAAGAAGGGUCAGUUCUUUGUGCAGGUCAAUUAUCUGUUACCAUCCUCUCUUAAGAUUGUCAUGCUCCUAAGUGAGAUAAUGUAGCCUCUUUUCUUCAUUCUGGCCUCAGAAGUACUUGACAUGUUUAUUUAUUUUUUUGAGAUUUCAUUAUUUUACCAAGAUUUUUUUUUCUAUUGUCUCUAUUUAAGAUAGACCAGGAAUAUAAUUGAAAAUGAGGUGGGGUAAGUAGGACAUAUAAGAAAAAAGAGAAGAAAGAAUGAAGAGGAAAAGGGAGAAGGAUAUUCAAGAUGAAAAACCAUAAAGCUUGGGUGAACUUAUGUAAACAUUUUCUUUGUGAUUUGUACCUAAAGACAGGAAUAAAUAAAAGUUUCACAUUGA